AUGUGUGGUUCUAAAGUUUUUCGCUCCUACAUCGCCGAUCAGACAGAGAUUUUUCGUCAAAAUGACGUCAAACAAAGCAGUGACCCAGACGGUCUUACGCCAUGUGGUGGGUUAAAUGUAGAAGGAAAGUCAGAAAUAUCGAUGGUUCGACAGCUUGUACGAUUGGCUGCGGGGUCCCGUACCGAGAGUCAUUUUCAACGUGAGCUCAACCCACAAGAGCCGAAGAUGCCUGUCAAGUGCAUCACUUUGAGAAAGUUACCAGCCGGCAUGACCAUCAACGGCUUCGUCAAAUGCGGUUUCUGCACAGCAGCUUUCACGACUAAACAAAAUGCAACUAAUUACGACAUUGACGCGUUUACUUUCAUUGCUGUUCAUCUUUUCGCCGGCAACGAUGAAGGUGAAGUCGGUUAA